AAUGAGGGAUGUAAAGUGCAAUUUAAUUCAAACAGUAUAGUGAAGCAGAAAUGCGUGUCCUGCUUUCCCUCCGCACAAACUCGAACAUAAAAAACUAGACUUAUCAUCAACCAAUCAAAACUCAUGUUCUAUCCCAACCAUGAUCAAACUGCGUGUUGCUGCUGCUCAUAUCUCACACUCUCAUGGGUAUUAACUACUUCAAAACAUGAUUCAACUCUCAAACCAAGCUCAGCAACAUAUCCACUCUUCAUCUUCAUAUAUAUCUCUUCACAAGAAUCCCAUUGUGAAAUGUGCUGCUGGCUCUUUUUUGUCGAAACACAAGUCGUUUCUUGGAGGUCAGUUCCACAGUAGUCAGUUGUUAAGUUUUCGACUCAUCCGUCCAAGAAGACAACAUACAGCAGGAAAUGUACUUUCGCCAAGCUGUGUUCUACCUUUGACUGAGGAAAAUGUUGAGAAGGUGUUAGAUGAAGUCCGUCCUGGCUUAAUGGCUGAUGGAGGAAAUGUUGCUCUUCACGAGAUUGAUGGCCUCGUUGUGGUACUAAAGCUACAAGGUGCCUGUGGGUCUUGUCCAAGUUCAACUAUGACACUAAAGAUGGGAAUUGAAACUCGUCUCCGAGACAAGAUUCCAGAGAUAAUGGAUGUGGAACAAAUCCUCGACACUGAGACUGGCCUUGAGUUGAAUGAAGAGAAUGUUGAAAAGAUUCUUGGUGAAAUCAGACCAUACCUGACUGGCACAGGCGGAGGAGUUCUGGAAUUUGUGCAGAUCGAUGACUUUGUUGUCAUAGUGCGGCUCAGUGGCCCUGCAGCUGGAGUGAUGACAGUUCGGGUGGCUCUUACACAGAAGUUGAGAGAAAAAAUACCAUCCAUUGCAGCUGUGCAGUUGAUAGAGUAAAUAAACAGAGUCUAGAGAACAACAUAUAGUAACUGUAAAUUUUCAGGUAUUAACAAAGAACUCACUUAAUCUCAUUUAUAUCUGAGGUAGAGUUUUUUGUAUCGAAGUUCCUCAGAGAUUUAAA